AUGGUCGGAUAUCAAUGCACAUCUCUCCCUAAAUGCACGCCAGAAGCCUGGUCCCGUCAACUUGUACUUUAUGGAGGUCUCACUAAAUCCUUGUUCAACAUAGUUUAUAUUUUGAAUCUGGUACAUCUGACUUGGGGUUGCCUAGCCGGAUCGAAGGCGGUUACGGUUUGGUAUGGGGUACUCGUAGGACUGCUGAAUCCAUGGUUAGGGGAAGUGUAG